AUGUCGCCGCCGCUCCGCGAACGCAAACUCGUACAGAAGGUCCUCCGUGCCCUUGGGAAACCGUCUCCGAUCCUGCCGCCGAAUCCGACUGUGCCCGACAGCCCACCUACAUGGCACCAGGUCCCGCACGUAGAGCCAGAGCCAGAGCCAGACUCGCCCAGUCUCCUCGCCUCCUUCUCUCAGCUAUUCUCUCAUCUGCGAAACCAAUCCGAUGACACCGUUGACGUCGUUGGCCCCGAGCCCGAUGCCCCUCAGGCUCCUCGCGCAGACAUUUCCGAUCUUCCUCCGGAGAUUCUCGCCAUGAUAUUCAAGAUCGUACGGGACGGAGCAUUCCCCGCCCCAGCUGAGGCCUUGCACUACGACCCGAAGCAAUGCCUUGCGUGGACGAACGUCGUUGCCGUAUCCGUCAAGUGGUCGACGAUCGCUUUCAUCGACCCUUCUCUCUGGACCAACGUGCCGCUGGACGCACCUCCCGAGAUCAUACGUCGACACUUCGAGCGUUCCAAGGGCCUCAAGCUGCGCAUCUAUCUCUCUGGCGAAGCCGCGGAUCAGCAGGAGCGCGCAUCGCUCUUGCGCCAACAGGCCUCGCGCGUCAUGGCCGUCAUCCAGAUCGGGCGUAGCCAACGUUUCCAUCGACCUUCGCCAGUGGCGUGUCAUCUCGUCGAAGAGGACUCGCGUGGCUUUGCCGUGCCAGAGCUCGAAGAGCUCAGCGUCUACUCUGAUGCUCCUGAGUAUUACCCUACUGGCGUCUUGUUACGAUACGCCGCGACCCUGCGCAGCCUGGCCGUGAUCGAUAGUAGCUGGGACAAGGCCUUGGGUCAGAUCAGAGCUCCUCAGCUUCGUCGCUUGGCUCUUGCCGGAUGGGCGGAAGACCCGCCGGAGGCUUAUGGGGCUCUGCUCCAAUUUAUUCAGGCGAACCCGCUCCUCGAAGAGAUCACCAUUGCCGGAAUCCAGCGCGAGUACUUGGCCUUUGACGCCGACACCCAGCCAGUCGAGUGCAAGCACCUGCGCCGCCUCCACCUCUCUGGGCAGCAUGAAGGGAUCUUAACGGUAUUGCGACUUUUCGUGUUCGACCCGCACAAGACCAUCGUCGAAUUGGACGUCGAAAGGUUCAAGGGCAGAAGCGACGAAGGCCGUGUCAAUAAUCACACUCUUCUGGCCCUCCCUUACGGUCUUGGACGAUCUCGCGCCGAGCCUGAGAACUCCCGUCGUUGGCUCCAUGUCAGUCAGACGAGCAUGCAGGCGGGCUUCGAUACCGACAAGACGACACCCAGUGUCGUUAUACGGCCAUCCCUUUACGCACGCGACGGGCACCUUGAAGUCGACCUUUUUCGUGGUGUUCAUCAAUUCGCGUGUGUACCUGCGCCGUACACUUGCGAGGCCCUCAAGCUGGCGGGAGUACGCACGCUUUCAUUCGAUCGCCAUAGUGCACUUAUCGCAUGGGAGCUCUACGAAUGGUGUACCGAGGUCGAAGUCUUGGAGGUGGCUCUUAUCGACUGGAUAGGCCCCAUCUCCGAACGACUCUUCAUGCGACAAGGCGGACAUCUCUUUCUGCCUGCUCUCAAGCGUGUGAGGGUAUUCGACUCGAGCGACAGACCGGCCUUUGGCGCGGCUACUCAGUCCCGCCUUGUACAGAAGUUCCAAGGCGAUCGCAAGGAGCCUGUGGCAAUCGAUGUGGUAUGGCGCAGGGACGUGAAGGAGUCUAGUGAUAGGGCGGAGAAUAUGAUCUCGUUCAUCCUUCGUCACUUGAAGACAAGUGGAAGUUGA